UUGUGUUGUGUUGUUGCAGGUAAUGAGGCGAGGGCGAGGAAGGGGGUCAUCCAAAGAGCGUGUAGUGCAUAGGUAUGUGCGAGCAAUAAGCAAGCGAGGGAGUGAGUGUGUAAGGGCAGGCUUCUUCCCGGGCUCCCUCUGGACUCAUCCAUCCAACCUAUUCCAUUAUUCAACCAAGCUACCCUCUCCGGGUCCGGGGUGAUGGGCGUGAAUCAAAUGCAGAAACUGUUGAAGGCCUCACGCCCCAUUCUGGCCAUGUUGCCCGUCCAAAUAUUUGCAACCGGAAUGCAACUUCUUAGCAAAGUUAUUCUCAACCAUGGCACCUUCGUUUUCGCACUCAUGGCCUACCGUCACCUCGUCGCCGCUCUCUGCGUUGCACCCUUUGCCUUCUUCUUCGAAAGAAGAAACGCAAACAAGUUGAGCUGGCAGGUUUUGUUUUGGCUUUUUCUGAGUGCCUUCACCGGGAUAACAGCGGCAAUGGGACUGUACUACUAUGGUCUGCGAGACACGACAGCUACUUAUGCUACCAACUUCCUGAACUUGAUUCCCGUGGUGACAUUUGUAAUCUCCUCCAUGCUCAGGAUCGAAAAAGUGAGCUUGAAGAGAAGGGCAGGGCGAAUAACGGUAGUGGGGGCAAUUUUGUGCGUUGGGGGAGUAGUAAUUACGAGUGUUUACAGAGGGAAAGGAUUCCACAUUGGUCAUCAUGACGCCCACGUCAAUGAUAAUACAAAUAAUAACGCAAGUAAUGAGGGUGGUCGCCACUGGGGGCGAGGCACCCUCCUGCUUCUUGGCAGCUGCUUCUCCUAUUCUACAUGGUUUGUUGUCCAAGUGAAGUUGCUCAAGCUGUUUCCCUCGAAGUAUUUGGCCACCAUGCUAACAUGUGUCAUAGCAUGCAUUCAGUCAACACUGCUUGGGUUGUGCCUCGACACCAACAACGCCUCUUGGAAGUUGGGUUGGGAUCUUCAGCUUCUCACCAUUUUAUACUCGGGAGCACUGGCGACAGCAGCUACGUUUUGCUUGAUGACAUGGGCAAUUUCAAUGCAAGGCCCCACUUUCCCACCCAUGUUCAACCCCCUGACUCUAAUUUUUGUGGGAAUCUCAGAAGGCAUCAUACUUGGGGAGGAGAUUAAAGUGGGGAGCAUGUUGGGGACGGGUGUGAUGGUAGCGGGGCUCUACUGUUUCCUGUGGGGAAAGACAAAGGAGAUGAAGAAAUCAGCGCAUCUCCCAAGAGCAACAGCGGCUGCACUCGCAAUUGAAGCAGCAACAGCAACUUCAGAACCUGCGCCUCUGCCAUCAGCAGCUGUAGUGCCAACCGCUUCACCCACUCCCAAUAAUAAUACUCCAAUUGCUGCUUCUGAUGCAGAACAAGGCUGCAACAGAACAAACCCUUGAAACUUACCAACUUUAUUUACAUUUUAAUCUUUCAACAUCAAGAUAAGAACACUUGUGUUGUUAACCAUCCAUUUUCUCAAUUCACCAACUUAUUACCUUUCAACCCACAUCAGAAGUCGC